GGGGCACACAGCCGACAUCCACUCCACCGCCGAGACAAGACACUGCCCGCCUUGACAGGUCCGCUCCCAGUGCCGCUCUUCAAAUCAAAAACUGGCACCGGGGAGCAAGCAUCCCCGUGUGUCAACAGAAACAACGGCAAGUCGACAGAUCCCAACAUCGUAACCUCCGUCCUCUCCACUGCCAGACGACUCCGCCGGAGAUUGCAACACUGCCAGUGGCUCACGCUCGGCGCCUGGCCCAUUUCCCAGAGUCCGGCCCGGUCCCGUCUUUCGUUAGGUUCCCUGCCGAGGUUGGAGUCCUACGAGAGUCCUUCAUUGUGUCGCCUGCCCUCCAACUGAGCUUCCACUUGCAUAUGUAGCCGUGCAUCCCGCACUCUCUCACACACACAGCUUGGACCUACCUCUACCUACUACAUAGUACAUACACGUUCGUUCUCAAGGCCCGACUUCUUUAUACACCGGCAUCCCGCAUUUUCUCUUAACCGACACUUGAUCUAUCAUCCAUCUUCAGCCGUUUUAAAAGACACACGUCCCGUCUGCACCACAUCACUUCGACUCGUCGCCAUCUCGUUGUUUGUCAGUUGACGUCCCUUGACGUACGAGCCUGCACCUACCGGGUUUCGUCGCCUACCAUACAGUGCGCCCCUCCCCUUGCCGACAAAUCGCGUUGCUGCUUUUCGUCCGAACGACUCGUCUUGUCUCUUCAUCCCAAGUCGCCCCGUUCGCCUAUUGCACCUCAGACAGCUUGUCUUGCUCGACGACCUCGUUUUCUCGCCAGUCAGAUAUUACCACUAGCGAAGAAAGCAAAGUCAUUGUCGCACAACUACAAGACCAUCUGCGGCCAAAAGACCAACAACGGCACUACCGCACGUCUCGUGACCGGCUCGAUUUCGCCUCGCAGGUCUCGGCCACAUCUCAAGCACUGAGGCUUGUCAGGCUUCCAGAGUCUGAACCCUUUGUCUCCAAGAUUCGAAACGUCGUCACCGAGUGACGGCAAAGGCAUCUGCCAUCAACAGACUACCAUGGCCGAUCACCAAGGUCAAAGCAGCAACGAUGCUGCCCCCAAGGCCAACCCAGGUCUCCAGGCACCCCAACUCCAACAGGGACCAUCCCCCGUUCCCACAAUGGCACCAGCCCCCGCACCCCUCCUCCGGCCAGCCAUCCCCGGCGCUCGCCCCGGUGGUCGGGGCCCCCCACGUCUUGGCCUUGCGAUCCCCCCGUCUCUAAGUGUCAAGCCCGUUGGUAAUCCCGGCGCUCCUCCGGCGCGUGCGGCGCCACCACAACUCAAACUCGCUACCCCCAUGGGUAGCACCACAAUACCACAUGAGCAGCCUGCCGGACGACCAGGCGCCCAAGGCUAUAGCGCUAGCGGUGCCAGCGAUAGCAGUGCGGCGCAUAGCAGGAGUGGCAGCUUUGGUCCCGAGAGCAACCCUACCAGCGCCGACACCCGGUAUAGUAAUGUUUCGUUUAUCGGCGCCCAAAGGCCACACGGCACACCAGACCCUGUCUCUGCAGUGGGUUCUCUCUACUCCAAUGCCAGCGAGGGAGGUGUGGGUAUGGAACGAGAAAACAGCCUGCAUGGAUUGGAAGCAUUCGACAAGCUUACACUGGAGAAAGCGAGGACAUUAGAUGUCGAAGAGCUUGAUGACGAUGGAUGGAGGAUCGCCAUGAUGGAGAAGAGAGUCGAGGAGUUGGGACCCCUAGGUGAGGGUGCAGGAGGUGCGGUAACCAAAGCCAAGUUGAAGGGCGGCAAGACCGUAUUUGCGCUCAAGAUCAUCACAGCGAACCCCGACAAGGACGUUGCCAAGCAAAUUGUCCGUGAAUUAGGGUUCAACAAGCAGUGCGCCUCCGAGCACAUCUGUCGGUACUUUGGUGCCGUCGUCGACACCCAGUCCGCGACCAUCUCCAUUGCCAUGGAGUAUUGCGAAGGCGGUUCUCUUGACAGUGUUUACAAGGAGGUCAAGAAGCUUGGGGGGCGUACAGGAGAAAGGGUAUUGGGCAAGAUUGCCGAGGGCGUUCUACACGGAUUGACAUAUCUGCAUAGCAAGAAGAUCAUCCACCGUGACAUUAAGCCUAGCAACAUCCUUCUCUGUCGCAACGGCGAGGUCAAGCUUUGCGAUUUCGGUGUCUCGGGCGAUUAUGGCACGAACGGCGCGGCCAACACAUUCAUCGGUACCAGUUAUUACAUGGCGCCUGAGCGAAUCACAGGCCAGUCAUAUACCAUCACCUCGGACGUUUGGUCUUUGGGUGUUACCCUGCUCGAGGUUGCACAGCACCGCUUCCCCUUCCCCGCCGAUGGUACCGACUCACAACCCCGUGCCGGUCUCAUUGACCUGUUGACGUACAUCGUCCGUCAGCCUGUGCCGAAGCUGAAGGAUGAGCCUGAUGCGAACAUUUUCUGGACUGACAAGUUCAAGUACUUCAUUGACUGCUGCUUGGAGAAGGAUCCCAACCGCAGAGCGAGCCCUUGGCGUAUGCUCGACCACCCCUGGAUGUUGGAAAUACGGUCAAGGCGUGUGAACGUGGCCCGUUUCCUGGCCACGGUAUGGGGCUGGGAGGAUGGAAAGGAAGAGGCAUAGUUUGUCUGCGGUGGAAUCCUCGAUCGAAAUUGGCGAGUUCAGUUCAUGGGCCACGAAAUUUCUGCAAAUGCCGGAAGCACAAGAGUCGUGUACCGGAAGACAUUGGGGUCGCUUCUUCGGUUAAGGAUGUCGGGCCUGGUGUCUUCGAUUUUGAAGAGGAUGAGAACUUUGGCAAAAGCGAGUCGACCUGUGUUUGACAGCUUUUGGAUAUAUAAAUAUGAAUGAACCUCAUGAUAAGGACUGGAUAGGCAUUCGUAUAUGCACCGUGUAUGCUUGGAUUUCGCGAGGCUCGCACAUCUUAAUGGUACCUGUGGCUAGCGAACAACAAACGGAACCGAUUUGAACAAGAGACCUCUUCGAAAGGCGAACUGACAAUGCAGUAGCACUCAUGACAUCCAGGCCCGCCUCAGGAUCGGUUUCCGAAAGACGCGUAGGCACACCAAAUACCCCAAGUUUGCAC